UUUUGGCAGAGGUAUCAUUGUUAUCCUGUAGCUUUGACUGAAAAGCAUGCAAGCAUCGAGUGUAGUGAUAAAAUCAUAAUGCCUGCCUCAGCCCUUGACGUCCUUUCGUCUCUACAGAUUGAUUAUCCGAUGUCGUUCGAGUUCCGGCCAUAUUAUUUUGAUGAUGCCAAGAACAAUGAGAGUGAGAGAUUUCGUGUCUCUCAUUGUGGGGUUUGGGAGUUCACUGCAGAAGAAGGCUUUGUCUACAUGCCUAACUGGAUGAUGGAGAACAUGCACUUGAAAGAGGGGGAACUUGUGUUGCUGCAAAACAAGACUCUUCCGAAAGGCACCCAUGUUAAGCUGCAGCCUCAUACAAUGGACUUCUUGGACAUCCCUGACCCGAAAGCUAUGUUGGAGGCGGCACUCGGCAAGUUUUCAUGUUUGACAACUGGGGAUACUAUUGUGCUGCCUUAUGGGAACAAGAAGUUUUAUAUGGAUGUCAUUGAAACAAAGCCUUCUGAUGCAAUAGGCAUUAUCGACACAGACUGUGAGGUUGACUUUGCACCUCCUCUUGACUAUAAGGAACCUGAGAAGCCUGUAGCUGCAUCAAUUCCUCUGAACAAGGAAGCAGCUAGCCAAGUUGAGGAACCUAAGUUUAGCGCUUUUAAGGGAACUGGGAGGCGUUUGGAUGGCAAGCCUCAGCAGUAUGAACCAGCAUUAGAUUCUUCCUCAUUCGUUGCAGCGAAUGGUAAUGCACAACCUUGUUCACGAGCUACAAGUCGCAGGGCUCAGGGGAAGCUUGUUUUUAGCACAGAUGCCACCCCUACUGCUCCAAAGGUAGCAUCCAAAGAGGUCAAACAACAGCAGCCGCUUCAAGAAAAAGAAGAGCCAAAGUUCCUAGCUUUUACCGGGAAAACGUACUCCCUAACUUGA